AUGGCAGAAUCAUCCAGUGAGUCAGAGUACUAUCUUCAUAGUCGAUUGGAUUGGCGGAAACCUCACAACCGCCAUGACCAUGCUGCAGAUGUUACUGCAAAAAUCCACACCUUAACAAGUACUUUACAGGAUACCAAUCGAAACCUCCGACAAGUUGACCAGAUGCUGGGGCAGUAUAGAGAUUACAGCAAUGAACAGACAGAAGCGAUCGAAAAUUUAAGAGAGACUUUGGAGCAAUCAAUAGGGCAAUUAAGGAGUCAACGUUUAUUGAGAAACUCUGGAGUAAGAAGUGCUUCUCUUUCAAGUUUGUAUGUAAGUGACUUGGAUGGCCCCAGUGCAACAGAUAGCCACCACCAAUUCUGGCCUUCCUCACCACUCAGGGACUCCAGAGAACCACAGGGUACUAGACUACAGAAGUCUAGAUCUGCUUGUGUCCGGUUUCUUGAUCAGCCAGAUGAUUUGGUUCAGCUUCAUUCAUUGCACCAGUCCGUUCGAGACCUUAGUAAUGAACAGGCUCGUCUUGGAGAUGACCUCAACAGAGAGCUUUCAAGAAGAAACAGGUCAGAUGCUCAAACUAAAAAGACUUUGGAAGAAUUAACUGUGAGACUUGAUGAAUCUCAGAGACAAGACUCAGUUUCAGAACGGGUAGAGAAACGGCUUCAAGAAAUAGAGAGAGUGAUGCAAAAUGAAAGACAUUUGGUAGAAAAGCGUCAGGAAGAGCUGGGGCUCAUGUCCUUACAGUUGCAGGAGGUUCUGAGGAAACAGGAUGCUAAUGCUGGUGAAAAUGAGGAAUUGAUGAAAACUAAAUUAAGACAAUCUGAAAAUGAAAAGAAUCAAGUUGAGCAGGAGUUGGAAACAUCCCGAAGGAUGUUGGCACAGUCAGAAUGCAGUAGAGAAUCACUUUUACUUCAGAUGGAAGACCUGCGUGUUCAACUCUCAAAAUAUCAAGCACCAAAGGUUUCUAGGCAACAGAUAAACCAGCUGGAUGAACAUGGAGAUGAAAGGAGGAUUAGAAGAGCGAGUGAGAUGUCCGAGUGGGAGAAGCAAGAACUGGAGAAACAGGUCUCAGAGUUGAAAGCUAAGCUGAACCACAAUGUCAUGAUAUCUGAAAUACAGGAAUUGAAGCGAUGCCUUGAGAAAAAAGACAAGGAAAAAGCACAUUUUGAAGAACAAAUAGAGAUUUUAGCAUCUGACUUAGAGAGGAGGGAGAAACAGCAAGUGAGGAUGUUGGAACAACUUACAGAGAUUCAGAAACGCUAUGAGGAAUGUGAGAGUGAACGGACACAAGCCAAUUCCCAAGUCAAAGAUUUGGUCCAGCAAGCUGAGGAUUCCACCAAGGAAGCAGAGAGAUACCUCAGUGAAUUCCAGCGGUCAGAGGCCUUGAGGCAGGAAUCAGAGAAGAAGAAGGAAGAAAUGAAAACAAAAGCUCAGGAAUCUAUCAGACAGUGGAAGCUCAAAUAUAAGGCUUUAGAACGAGACUUGGAGAAACAGAACGAAAAUGUUUUGCAUCUUACAGAAAAGAACAAUCAGAUGCUGAAAGAAAAAGAUGACUUGAAGGGUCAGCUUCACUUAGCUUCAUGUCGGAAUGAAAGUCUUCGACAGGAGCUGAAUGAUAUCAUAACUAAGCGUGCUGAUCAGGAAGAGGAGCUUCAUUCUAAGGAGAGGAAACUUAAUGACUCUAAGUGUCGGCAAAAGGACCUGGAGCAGGAAAUCCGAACCCUUAAAGACUCUGUACAUCAGCUAGAAAAUGAAUUACAAAGGCACAUUAGGUUACAUGGCCAGAUAACCACUGCAAAAGAUUACCUAGAGGAGGAGGUUGCUGAUAUAAAAAUGGCCCGUGAAAAAGAAAAGGAAAAACUCUCUAAAUUAGAAGAGACCAUCAAGAACCUCAGUACAGCUCGAGAAGAGCUUGUUAACAAAGUGGCUGAAGAAGAACGGGCCAAGAAGGAGGCGCUUAAGAAACUUUCUGAUCUCAAGAAAACAGAAGGAUCUAGCAAGGAGGAAAUGAGUACAGUAAUCAGGCAAUUAAAACUAGAAAGAGAUGUUCACCAGAGAGAGCUGGAAGAUGCCCGGGCAGAACUGAAGAACAUGGCAGCCAAACAUGAACGCACUAUUCAAGAGAUAAAGCUGCAAUUUAAACAAGAACAGUGUGAAAUUGAGAGCCACGUUAGAUCCCUGAAGACAGAAAGCUUGGAAGAUAAGAAUGCGGUUAAAAUUCAUCGUUGGCAGCUUGAGAAAAUGAAAGUUCAAUGUGAAAAGCUGGCAGAAGAGUUAGCUCAAAAAGAGGAUGAGAACUCAAAACUUAAGCGAAAAUACCAUCUUCUGAAACAGCAACUGGAAGAUAAGGAAAAACAGCUACGUAAUGAUGAAAAAUGUGUGAGGAGAAUAGAAGAAACCAAGAUACAGCUUAAAGACCAACUGCUUGCAAUGGAGACAGAGCAGGAAUCCAUUUUUGACAUGUUAGGAAAGGAAAUUGAUGUAGCUUGCGAAAUCUUCUCCAGGGACUCUUUGGAUAAAUUCAAAGCUAUUUCUAGUACAGGUGAUAAACACCAUGAUGUACGCCAUGACCCACACCGUUGGUUAGCAGAAAGUAAGACUAAACUUCAGUGGCUUUGUGAAGAGGCGAAAGAGAGAGAGGACAAAGAAAAAAAGCUGAAGCAACAGCUAUUGCUGUACAGACAUCAACUCAAUGACCUGACUCAGCGGAGGGAGACUGAGCACCAAACUCUGUUUGAUCAGAUAGAAAGACAGGAGCAACUUCUAGAAGAAAUUCAUCGAGAAAGAAGAGAUCUUCUAACGAAGAAUCAGAAAAAAGAAGAAGAAAUGGAAUAUCUACAGCUGAAGCUACUAUUUAAACUUCCAUCUUGGGAAGAUGAGAAUCAGACACCUUUGACAAAUGAAAAUGAAGCCCAAUUUGAAGAUAAAGCAGACCGUGUAUGUGCUUUAGAAAGGAGUACCCAAAUGGCCUUGGAACAUCUGGAGUCCGUUCCAGAAAAACUGAGCCUCCUAGAAGAUAUCAAAGACUUUGGAGAUUCCUCUUGUCCAAGGGAUUUGAUUGAAGGGAGAUAUGCUAAAUACAAACAGCUUGUGGAUUCUCUUCAGCAUCAACUAGAUGAAUAUAGUCAAAGAAUCAAAAAGUUGAAAGAGAGGAAAAUGAAUGUGAGUCCUCUCACUGAUCAAGGGGAAGGUUUAUCCCCCACUUGGCAAGCACGCAGCAGGACCCUCCCGCUAAACUCACGUCUUUCACGGACAGGCUGUAAGUAA